AUGGGUCUUGACAACUUCGCUUACGAUGCCGACCACCGCGUUAUAGUCUGCCGGAUUUGUCAGUCAUGCAUCCUUCCGAAAGAACAAAGCUGGAGCACGCAUCUGCGCAGUAAGCCGCAUCACAUGAAAGGCGACGAACUACAACGCACCAUCGACCACUUUUCUAGCUAUGACCUCCGCACCUUUGAUGAGCUGCGAGAUAGGACAGCUCGUUCAUGGAGAAAGGUGACGUCAUGCCCGCCUAUACAGGGUCUUCAGACGCACGAUGGCUACACCUGUGUCUGCGUGAAGGACAAGUGCAACUUUAGCACUCUAAGAGAACUUACGAUUCGAAGUCACGUGGCCACGCAUGGCAUGAAGGCCAGCCGGCAUACGAGCGCUGCACCUUUAUGGAGGGAGUGUAAGCUUCAGACCUACUUCGCCAGCAGGUCCUUGAUCGACUAUUUCGAGGUGCAACCUGUAACGCUAUCUCGGUCAAUCAACGGUCUAGCUACGCAGUCAACGUCCACGCUUCCUGCAGACGAGGAUCAGCUAUUCCAAGCCCUCAAGGCUGACGUCGAACAGGCCUCUCACGACCUAAACAAGAAGGCUGAAGUUGUGCAAGGCAAUAUGAACUCGUCAUCAAACGGAGAUCAGCUGCCUUGGCUUGUUCAAACCGGCUUCCCCACGCACUUACACGGGCUGCGAGAUGUCGAGAUCACGUCGUCGUAUGCUUUGCCUCCUAGGCUUGAGAACGACCACGACGACAACGGCAACGGCAACCGUAACGGUAACGACGACGAUGAUGAUGACGACGACGAGAACGAGAACGAGGACGAUGAUGAUGUGUAUGUGGAUAUCGAUGACGGUAGCAUUGAAGGUGACAGUCACCAUAUUGCAGUCGAAGAAGAAGCCGGCGGCUCAGCUGACGGGGACGACACGGAUCUUAGACGCAUCUUAGCCGCAGCCGAAAAAAUACUCUGGGACGCCCACAAGUUAUGCAGCGACAGAUCGCCCGACCGUAAAAUGACCCCGCACCAUGCCAAGAGACUCGGCAAUUUCCGUGGCGAUGUGCGUGGAUGGCGAGCAGGCAAUGAGUUCCGGACGUUCAAAAAAGCGGCAACGCUCCAGACCUAUUUCCGUAUCUGGAAGCAAUUAUUGGCGUACUACUACCGCGUGGUCUACCGUGAAGAUGGUCAUUUCACAAGGGACAGUGGAGAUCAAGUGCUACCGCGCGACGUUAUCGAAACCACCUCCCAACAGCGGCAAGCCAUGGGCGACAUCAUCAGUGCAUUGCGGAGGCAGGAUCAGGUGAUGGACAGCGUAUCAAGCGGUCGUGCCAAAAAGAGGCCAGGCAAACGUGGGAACAGCGGGGAGGCUGAUGGUCAACGUGACGACGAGCUAAAGCAAGCCAUUCGCAACUUCUACGUCUCUCUCAUCUGCCAGACGAUUGGAGUCAAGCCGUUCCGGUCUCCUGUCUUGAGCUUCUGUGCUAUGCGCAGCCGCUCAAAACCACUGGUACGUCGAACGGAUGAUGCAGAGAACCGGAAUCUGCGAAGCACAUGGCGUGAGCCAGCUAAUUACAACAGCGAUCUGUCAGCGCUCAUCUGGACUGCGCAGUUGGUGCUGUUUGAUUUUGUGUGCUUCGCCAAGCAAGAUGACGAAGACGGAAUCUCGAAUCUGCUGGAUGAGAUGUGUGAACGCUACUUUCAGCAGACCACACAGACGCCUUUCGGAUACAUGCUUUUAUGGAGGAUGUUCAUCUUUAAGACGGUGGCCGGCAUUUCGAUCAAGCACCAUGCUCGCUGGUCCAUUGACGGCGAAACGGUGGACUACAAGGGGAUCAAGCUGCGUAUAAACCAGGUGUCAGAGCUAGUUCUGUCAGAAUACCAGCAGGCCAAGGCCAUUCUGUAUGAAGACCUGCUGUUCGGCAUGCUGGACGAGACUGCUCCCUUUAACGCGGCGAAACUGCAUGAUGAUCUCGAUGGAGACCACUACGGAUUUUCGUGGUUAACUGACAAGAGGAACGACCGGAAGCUGGCCGGAACGCAGGACGCCUUGCUGCGAGAGAUUGAAAAGAGAGCUGGUCUACGGCAGGCAUUUGUGCGACGUUCCGAGACCGAUGCGAGCAUUCGGCUCUGCCCGAAAGCGAUGGCUGUCUACGAGGCGGAAGUUCAGGAGUUCCUGAAAAGGAUGUUGAUCGCUAUUCACAUUGGUGCAGGCUUCCCCUUACAACAAUCAGAACUACUCUCCGUGACGUGGAUGAAUUCGGAGGCUCGGCGAUCGGUGUUUGUGUGGGAAAAGAAGGUGCUUAUCCAUGUGCGAACCAACACGAAACUCGACCUGUCUGGAGUGGAGAAGGACCACAUCCGAUUUCUACCGUCAGCUAUUGGGGCUCUGCUUCUGACCUAUCUCGCCUUUGUGCAGCCGUUACGUCAGGUGUUUCUGCGCCAGAGCCAGCCUGGUGCUUUACUUUCGCCGCACCUAUGGUCUAAACUUGACGGUAAGGUCUGGGAUUCAGGCAGUCUAAAUGCAGGCCUGAAGAGGGCAUGUAUCCGGGCCCGUAUACCUAAGGUGCAGACGAUAUGGUGGCGCCAAGUGGCGAAUUCUAUCGUAAAAGAGAAAUUCAGCGCGAGCCAGCAAGCUAACUUCGAUAAUAACGAUAGAGAGCGGCUGGAAGACGAGCAGGGCGGAGGAAACCACGCGACUCAUGGUGCAAGGCCCACCAACUACUUCCUAAAAUCCUACCACACUUCGUCCAGUAGCGCGCCGUGGACUGUGUCAAGCUUACUUCACCGUGGUUAUCAGGCGUCACUAUGCUGGCACUCUCUCUUUAGCCUCGAUGCAGUGCUGCAAGGCAAGCGGCCACUUGUGAUCUCAAUUGACGACGAGGAGUAA